UCUUUCACCUCCAAUCCUCUUUCUCCUCUCUUUAGUUUCUUCUCCUCUUUUUUCCUUCUUUAACAUUUAAAUGAAUCUCUCCUUGCACUCUGUUCUUGCUCCCCCCUGUUGCUGCAAUACUUCUCCUUCCCCAUUCAUCUCUUUCCUCUCUCCUCCCCUGUCCCAGUCUUUCUAUCCCUCUCCUUGACACCCUCUCUCCCCUCUCCUCUGUCCCAGUCAGUCCAUCCCUUUGUGUUGUGAUGUCGUCUCUGCUGAAAGAGGAGAUGAAAAGAGUAUUAUUUAGACCCGAAGGACAGAAACUCCAGGAGUUCAUCGAGAUACAUGAACCUGUGCCUGGAAGACAUUUUCUCUGUGUCUACGUGACCAAAACCAAAGAGGUGCAUCUGUGUGUGGUGAGGUCCCAGAAGUCCCAGAAAUCCCAGUAUUCUGCAUCAAGAAAGAAGCUCCAUUCCCAGUUUUCCCAGCGUUCUGGCUUAGAGGACUCCUACUUGAGGACCGAGGUCUGGCUCCUCCAGGACCUCGCUCUGCUCGAUGGACGGGAUCCGGACAUAGACGACCCCUGUUUCCUGAUGCACUUCUCCACGGUGCGCUCGGUCACAGCCUUCAGCUGCGGUGCCAAGUACUCCCUGGCACGGGCCCUGGUGAACCUGAGCGAGCAGCACUGUGGACGACCUUUGACCUUGGUAAACUACGACAUGGCUUACAUCAAACCGUCGUGUGUCUACUCUAAUAGGGGCGACUGUGUGAUUGUAAUGCAAAUCUGUUUCUAUGCGGCUAAUCUGGUGUGUCUCUCCAUGUGCCCUGUUCCACUGGACUGAGUGUGUGUGUGUGUGUGUGUGUAGGGGGAGAGAUUGUGUGUGUGUGUGUGUGUGUGUGUGUAUCAUUAUCUCCAUAAAGUAUUUAGAAUACACAAUAUGAAUUGACUCUGUUUUGUUGUGUAUAUUUAGGGUUAUGUUCUUCAGUCUGAAAAUGCCAACAUUGAAUCUGUUGUUUCCUCAGCAUGUGAAUUGACCCUGAUAAUCAGAUUAAAAUGGGAAAAA